AGGAACUUGUGUAUAAAUGGGAGAAAGGGGCCCAACGUCAGCCACUAGAACCACUGUCCCAAUAUCUCACCUUGGGAUCAUCAUAUUGAUUCCAUUUCUAGUUUCUAAACUCUCUCUUCCAAGAUCUCACUCCCAACCCAUUUCUGUAUACAGUUUCUAAAUCAUCUAACUAUAAAAGCUCAAAUUAUCGAUUGUGUUCGAGGAUUUUUACUCCCAUUACUUUGCUUAGUUUUAGGACUCCACCUCCGGAAAAAAGGUUCCAAAUCGAAUAUGGGUCUGUCACCUUAUUCAACUCCAGCUGACGCAGGAGUGCUAUGUGUACUCUUGGUAAAUACAGCCAUUUCCAUCUGCAUUGUCAAGGAGAUAGUCCGGUCAAUCCUUCACGUGGUUGGCAUACGUAUUGCGUCAUGGGACGAGUAUUCCCUUGAUAGUCCCUCAAACUCGAUUGAAUGCCGUGGAUGCCCCUCAGAAUCCUACAUGGAGGAGUUCAAGAACAGGACCCCAGCAAUUCGGUUUGAUGCGGUGUCUGGCUGUAACCGGCCUGAACAAGAGUGUUCGGUUUGCUUGACAGAGUUCAAACCAGAUGCAAAGAUAAACCACCUGUCUUGUGGCCAUGUGUUCCAUAAAUCAUGCCUAGAGAAAUGGUUGAAGUAUUGGAAUGUCACAUGCCCUCUUUGCAGGAAUUGCAUGAUGACUCAAGAAGAAGAGGAUAGUUGUCCAAUGUGAGCAGCUUCUUCAGGAAUGGUCCUCGAAGAAAUUUCAGUGUACAGCAUAGUAGUGGGCAGGAAAUCUACAUGAAUGCUUUUUUUUUUUAACCUAUGUUUAUGCCAGUGUUUUGCGUCCCCUUGCGGUGAUGGGUCUCGUGACCAAAACUGAUAUUGUACAUAUUGGGAAGGAUUUUGAUGUUCUAUGCACCUAUCUUGGG